AGAUCAUGGCCGGCAGCAACUCGGACGCAUCGACGCAGCGCGUGGCCACGCAGGUGGCGGUGGCGGCCGCCGGCGCCGCGCUGGCCUACUACGUCGGCUCGCGCAGCAAGAGCGCGCGGCGAGCGGCGGCCAAGCGGCGCGCCCAGGACGUGGCCCAGGCCAAGGCGGCCGCGCUGCCCACAGACCUGGAGCGCCGCAAGCUCACGUCGGUGGUGGUGCGCGUGCCGGCCACGACAGCCAACAUGGGCCCGGGCUUCGACACCAUCGGCAUGGCCCUGGACAUCUGGACGGAGAUCUCGGCCGAGGUCGUGGAGGACGCGAGCGUGGCCCCGGGCAUCACGCUCACGAACGAGGGCGAGGGCGCCAAGGAGCUGCCCACGGACGCGUCCAACCUCGUGAUCGUCGGCAUCAAGGCGGCCUUCAAGGCCGCGGGCGAGCCGCUGCCCCGCCACCUCAAGGUGCACUGCAAGAACCGCAUCCCGUUCGCGCGCGGCCUCGGCAGCAGCUCGGCCGGCAUCGUGGGCGGCAUCAUCGCCGGCCUCGCGCUGGCCGGCAUGCGCCUGCCCGUCCGUGGCCGCGAGGAGCUCCUGCAGCUGGCUUCGGAGAUCGAGGGCCACCCGGACAACGUGGCCCCGGCCAUCUACGGCGGCCUGCAGCUCGGCAUCUUCGCCGACGACCGCUGGUACUCGUCGCGCGUGCAGAUCCCGGACGGCCUGCAGUGCGUCGUGUUCAUCCCAGACUCGACGGGCCCCACGAGCGUGGCCCGGGCCAUCCUGCCGCCCGACGUGCCCCGCAAGGACGCCGUGUUCAACAUCGGCCGGGCCGCCAUCUUCGUCAACGCCUUCCGAUCUGGCAACCUGGACGAGCUGCGUUACGCCACGCAGGACAUGCUGCACCAGCCGCAGCGCGGUGCGGCCCAGUACCCGCACCUCGAGCCGCUCAUCAAGGCCGCGCUGGGCGCCGGCGCGCACGGCUGCUUCCUCAGCGGCGCCGGCCCCACGGUGCUGGCCAUCACCAGCGGCCGGGCCGGUGACAUCUUCACGCAGCAGCUGGCCGAGCGCCAGGAGAACAAGGUGGCCAACGCCAUGCGCGAGGCGGCCGCCGCCCUCGGCGUGUCUGGAUGCGUGUUCAUCACCAACCCGGACCACCGCGGCGCCUUCAUCGUGCGGGCCGAGCCGCAGUUCUCGGACCGCUCCGUCGCGCGCUACGAGGGCGACGUCGCCGACCUGUAG